CCCACAUUUGAGACAGUUCCAGUGUCACCAGUUCCUUCUAAUGGUAUCCAGCUUCCUGGGCAGAAGCCAGUUUGGAAAUCAGUUAGCUCUAAAAGCUUUCUAGAUUGCGGACUGGAUAAAGGCAGCCCAUCCAUAACAGAAGAGCUCUCCUAUGAGGUCUCUUUCUCUGAAUCCAUUACAGUCCUUCCAAAAACCCAAGGAUGGCCGAAAAACCAGAGGUUCAAAAAGGAAGAUUCUGCUUUGCCUAAAUUCAUAGUUCGGAAAAGCCGGUUUGGACUGACAGAGGUUGGAGAUCUCUCUCCCGAAGACAUGAAGAAGAUUCGCUACCUCUCCCUGAUUGAGCUAACGGCCUUCUAUGAUGCACUGGGGGUGGAGUUGAAGAGGAACCGUGCAGAGAGGGUGCGGGGACGAGAAAAUGGUCUGUUUGGGGUUCCUCUCACCAUACUGCUAGAGAAUGAUCAAAAGAAGGUUCCUGGAAUAAAAGUUCCCCUCAUCUUCCAAAAAUUGCUGCUCAAGCUUGAGGAGACAGGUUUAGAAACUGAAGGAAUUCUACGAGUGCCUGGAUCCGCCUCCAGAGUCAAGAAUCUCCAUCAAGAACUUGAGGCAAAAUUUUAUGAAGACACAUUUGACUGGGAUCAAGUACGAAAUAAUGAUGCAGCAGGACUGCUGAAAAUGUUUAUAAGAGAACUCCCAAGCCCUCUCUUCACAUUAGAAUAUCUGCCUGCUUUCAUCACACUUGUGGAAAAAAUCUCCAAGAUCAAGUUACAGUUGCAAGCUUUGCAUCUGUUGAUCAUGCUGCUGCCUGAAGCCAACAGAGACACAGCCAAGGCCUUUCUUCAGUUCUUGAAGAAGGUGGUUGCUAAUGAAGGGAAAAAUAAAAUGAAUUUGUGGAAUGUUUCUAUGAUUGUUGCACCAAACCUCUUCAUCUACAAAGGGAAACGUGCAAACCAACAAGAAAUGCAAGCAGCUGCCACCACAGCGCACAUUGUGCGGCUUUUAAUUCGGUACCAGGACAUCCUUUGGACAGUCCCAUCUUUCCUGAUUUCUCAGGUGAGAAAAAUGAAUGAGGCAACAAUGAACAACAGUAAGAGGCAACUUAUGUUUGACAAAGGAGUGAGAAAACUUCUGAGGAGAAAGACCAUGGAACGGGAGAGACCUGAAAGAUCAGAGGGAGCUGUCACUUUCCCCCCAUACCUGCAGUCUGACAUACCCGAGGGAGUGAUAAGAGUUUAUGCUCCACUGCAUUCAAAAGUCUCUAUGGCAAUUCAACUCAACAGCCAAACAAAAGCCAAGGACAUCCUGGCUCGAUUCCACUGUGAAAACAGCCACAGUUCAUCACAGAACAUGAGAGGCCAGAUCCAAAGUUUACAUGAAAUUGGAGGAAAUAUAGGUCACCAUUGUUUGGAUCCAGAUGCAUACAUGUUAGAUGUUUACCGUGCAAAUCCUCAGGCAGAAUGGGUGAUAAAACCAAAAGCAAGCUGA